AAAAUUUGAAUACAUGGUGCAAGAAGUAUUUUGAAGAAUAUAGCAAAUGUGAUGUUGUGGACAACAAUAUGGCAGAAAGCUUUAAUGCUUGGAUAGUGUCUGCAAGGUAUAAAACCAUCAUUACAAUGCUUGAGGAGAUAAGGGUGAAGAUGAUGAAAAGAAUUGGUGAUUUGAGAGAGUUCUCAAACACUUGGAUCACUGAUAUAUCUCCUAUGUCUUUGAAGAUUUUGCAAGAAAACAUUCAAAAGUCUAUGCAAUGUAACUUGACUUGGAAUGGAGAAAGAGGUUUUGAGAUUAAACACCAUGGGUUUACACACACUGUGGACAUUGUUAAUAGGAGGUGUAUUUGCAGAUCCUGGCAGCUUAGGGGAAUUCCUUGUCCUCAUGGUGUUGCUGCCCUUCAUUACAAAAACUUGGAAACAAUCCAUUAUGUGGCUAGCUGUUAUAGCAAGGAAACCUACCUAAGCACAUAUGCCCAUUUUAUUCAGCCAAUGAAUAACAUGAAAAUGUGGUCAACCUCAAAUAAUCCAAUUGUAAAGCCACCAAAGAUCAGAAAGUUGCCUAGAAGACCAAUUAAGGUUAGAAGAAAGGAAGCAGAUGAAAGCAGAAAAACUGGAAAGUUGAGCAAAAGAGGUGCUGUAAUGACCUGUAGAAAAUGUGGCACACAAGGACACAAUAAAAGAGGAUGUCCUACAAGAAACCAAGCUGAUCCAAGUCAAUCAACUGAACCAGUUUCUCAGGCAAGAAGUACUGGUCCAAGUCAGUCAUCUGAACCAUCUUCUCAUACACAGGCUACUGAAAGUGGUAGAGGAAAAGGCACAGGAAAAGAAACAAGAGGAAGAGCAACAAGAGGAAGAGCAAGUGGCAGAGGUGUUCCAGCUCAAUCACAUGAAGAUGUUACAAACAUAGAGACUGUAAAUGGUAGAGGUAGAGGUAGAGGUACAGGUAGAGGAGCAGGAUCAGGAAGAGAAAUGACUCAAGAAAGAAAUGUGAAUGAACGACUAAGUAGAGGAAGAGGAAUGACUCAACAUAGUCAAACUAGUUCAGAAGCAAACUACAGUAGAGGAGGCCUAGGAAGAGGGAAGAGACCAGUAGAACAUGAAGACACUAGUGGAGGACAAACAAGACCUUUUAAAAGGCCAAGAAUGGUAGGUGUUGGCAUAUACCAAGCUAAAGAUGGAUUUACAACUCUCAAUGUAAGUUUACAACUAUCAAUGCAAGUUUACAAUUGUGAUUGCAAACCUCAAUGUAAUUGUCUAAUAAUUGACUAAGCAGCCUGGAUU